AUGCCCUAUCUUCCUUUUGUUUCUAUUCGAGUCCUGACAGUGUUUGUAAUUCCUGUUGGCAUUUGGUUUCUUGGAAGCCCAUUUGUCAGUGGAGAAGGUUACAAGUUCAGGGGUUUUGUGUACUCAGUUUUAGUGGCUGGCCUAUGUGAAAAAGUUACCAUCACAAAGGUCAGCACUACAUGUGAAACAAAAAUGAAAAACCAGGAUUUACUCAUGUAUUACUUCCAUUUCCUGCCUCCUUUGCAAACAAGAGCUUUAGGUUUCUGGGUUAUAGUACUGUCUUUGGAAGAGUUGCGCCUCACAAGUCAGUGUUCUGCUGAAGCUCAGGUUGAAAUGCUCCGAUCAGAUGAUGAUUCUGGAUCAGCAUCAGGGUCUGGAUCUGGUUCAAGCUCUGGAAGCAGCAGUGAUGGGAGCAGCAGCCAGUCAGGCAGCAGUGACUCAGACUCCGGCUCAGACUCAGAAUCAGAGUCUGACACAUCUAGAGAAAAGAAGCAGAUUCAGGCUAAACCACCAAAAGUUGAUGGAUCUGAGUUUUGGAAGACUAGUCCAAGUAUACUUGCUGUACAGAGAUCAGCAGUGCUCAAGAAGCAACAGCAACAACAAAAGGAAGCCUCAUCAGACAGUGGUUCAGAAGAGGACUCAUCAAGCAGUGAAGAUUCUGCAGAUGACUCAUGCAAUGAAACCAAGAAGAAAAAACAUAAAGAUGAAGACUGGCAAAUGUCGGGAUCAGGGUCAGUAUCGGGCACUGGUUCUGACUCUGAAUCAGAGGAAGAUGGGGAGAAAAGCAGCUGUGAAGAGAGCGAAUCUGACUAUGAGCCGAAAAACAAAGUCAAAAGCCGGAAACCUCCAAGCAGAAUUAAACCAAAAAGUGGGAAAAAGAGUGCAGGACCGAAAAAGAGGCACCUUGAUUCAUCAGAGGAAGAGGAGGAAGAAGAGGAGGAGGAGGAUGAUGAUGAUUAUGAUAAGAGAGGAUCUCGUCGCCAGGCAACGGUCAACAUUAGUUAUAAAGAAGCUGAGGAAACCAAGACAGAUUCUGAUGAUUUGCUGGAAGUUUGUGGAGAAGAUGUCCCACAAACUGAAGAGGAUGAAUUUGAAACUAUAGAGAAGUUCAUGGAUAGUCGAGUUGGCCGAAAAGGAGCCACGGGAGCUGCAACCACCAUCUAUGCUGUCGAGGCAGAUGGUGACCCAAAUGCUGGGUUUGAAAAGUCAAAGGAGCCAGGAGAAGUACAGUAUCUUAUUAAAUGGAAAGGCUGGUCGCACAUCCAUAACACUUGGGAAACUGAGGAAACACUGAAGCAACAAAAUGUUAAAGGAAUGAAGAAACUGGACAACUAUAAGAAAAAGGAUCAGGAAACAAAACGAUG